UGGUAAAAGGAAAAGGAAAAGAGGAUGUGCUUUCUCUCUCUUUGAAUUCUAAUUCAACUCUUCUCUUUCUCUCUCUCUGUCUUCUGUAGAAGACGAGGAAGUAGUAGAAGCAGUUAGAGAAAGAUGCUGGAGAAUCUUCAGGCUGUUCCGGCGACGGAAUCCGCCCCAGUCGUCAAGCGCUAUGCUCCUCCCAACCAGAGGAACCGUUCUGCCAACAGGCGCAAAUCAUCUGAUCGUCUUGAUCGGACAAACAGUGUUGGGACUGAGUUAGAAAAGAAUCAAGUCGCUUCUUCAAGAAGUGUUCACAUUCCAGAUCAUGGAGAUGCUGGUAGCAGUAAUCUUCUUAACGAAAAUCACUAUUCAAGAUUCAUAGCUUUAGAAGGGUGUGGUUGCAGUGCAGCUUCCCAGCUUCUUAAUGAUCGUUGGACAGCUGCAAUGCAAUCCUACAAUAAUCCCAAAGAUUCAUCUGACAAGCCAGUUAUGUAUUCAAGUGGGGCAUCAGUAUGGAGUCAUCAGCAGUUUAGACCUCCUCAGCAGCAGGAUUUCCUAGGAGAACUUCGUCGCCAAAUGCAGAAUGCUAAUCCUAAUUUCACCACAUGAUGUCUCACUUGGAUGGCUGGUCUAAUAAAGUUUUUUGGAAGAACCUACUUCUUGUUUUCUCAAACUCAUUACUAAUACAUGUAACUGAAUUUCAGAUUAUCGACCACGCCUCUGUAUGUGUAAAUUGGGGAUGUCGCACAUUCAGGAUUCCUAUUUAAAGAUUUAUUUCUUUAUUUACA